GAGCGGGCGGCGGGCGCGGCGGCUUGGCCACAGGUAACCUGCGGGAGCGGAGAGCGCAGACCGGCGAGCGGCGGCAGGAGGCGGCGGCGCUGGGCGGCGCCGAGGCCCAGGGCCCGCCGGAGCCAGCGGGAGCCCGUGCCCAUCGUCUCCCCUCGCCCCCCACGCUGUCGCCGGCGUCGGUCCCAGCGGCGCGGAGAGAAAGGUCCCAAAGAUGGCAUAGUGAUGAAGGCCCCUUCCAAUGAUCGGAACGUCUUUACCCGAGGGUGCCUGCCUGGGCCCGUGGCAUCGCGUUGAGCCAAAGGAACUUGUCUACCACUUCACGGAAAACGUCUUUCUCUCCUAAUUCAUGAGCCAGCAGGAUGCGGUCGCCGCGCUUUCAGAACGCCUGCUCAUAGCUGCAUACAAAGGCCAGGCGGAGAAUGUGGUUCAGCUCAUCAACAAGGGUGCCAAGGUAGCGGUUACCAAGCAUGGCCGGACCCCCUUGCAUCUUGCUGCCAACAAGGGCCAUCUUUCUGUGGUCCAGAUCUUGCUGAAGGCUGGCUGCGACCUCGAUGUCCAGGACGAUGGGGAUCAGACCGCCUUGCACCGGGCCACGGUGGUGGGGAACACCGAGGUCAUCGCGGCGCUCAUCCAGGAGGGCUGUGCUCUGGACCGACAGGACAAGGCGGGGAACACGGCUCUGCACCUGGCCUGCCAGAAUAGCCACGCCCAGAGCACACGCGUCCUCCUGCUGGGCGGCUCCCGCGCCGACCUCAAAAAUAACGUGGGUGGACAAAACCGACCUCCCUCGCAAACCAAGGGGUUCUCUGCCCACCCCCUGCCUGGGCAGAGGGACAGGGUCCAGAGCUCCUGGCUACCAGCCUGUGAUCCUGCCUUUCAGGCUGGAGACACAGCACUUCAUAUUGCUGCUGCCCUAAAUCACAAGAAGGUGGUUAAAAUCCUACUGGAAGCCGGAGCAGAUGGGACCAUUGUCAAUAACGUCUUGCGCUUCAGUCGUGGGCGAAGCCUGAGGAAAAAGAGAGAGAGGCUCAAGGAAGAGAGGAGAGCUCAGUCUGUGCCGAGAGAUGAUGUGGCACAAAGCAAGGGAAGUGUCUCAGCAGGAGACACCCAUAGCAGUGAACAGGCUGUACCCAGAAAAGAAGAGUCCAGAGAAGAUUUCCUGUCUGCCUCCCCGGAGCCCAGAGCAAAGGACAACAGGCAGAAAAAGUCAAGGCCCAAGGCGUCAGCGUUUUCUGACCCCACCCCACCAGCAGACCAGCAGCCUGGACAGCAGAAGAGCUCGCACACUCACAGUCACCCUAAAAAGAGGCCCAGGCAUCGCUGUUCACCCCCAGGUGCCCCCCACGAGUUCAGAGCGUACCAGCUGUACACGCUGUACCGGGGCAAGGAUGGCAAAGUGAUGCAGGCACCAAUAAAUGGCUGUCGAUGUGAACCCCUGAUCAACAAGCUGGAGAAUCAGUUGGAGGCAACUGUGGAAGAGAUCAAAGCAGAGCUGGUGUCGGUUCAGGAUAAGAUGAACACGAAGCUGGGGCACCUGGAGAAUAAGACCCAGCACCAAAUGCGGGUUCUGGACAAGCUGAUGGUUGAGCGACUCUCAGCAGAGAGGACGGAGUGCCUGAACCGCCUGCAGCAACACUCGGACUCAGAGAAGCACGAGGGAGAGAAACGGCAGAUGUCCUUGGUGGAUGAAUUAAAAACUUGGUGCAUGUUAAAGAUUCAGAAUCUGGAGCUGAAGCUUUCUGGAGAUUCUAGGGCCUCCAGGACUAAAUCCACACCAUCCACUUGCGAGUCCUCCACAGGUGUGGAUCAGUCAGUGGUGACCGCAGGUCCAGUAGCAGCCUCUGACAGCCCCCCUCAGGUGGUCAGGCCCAAGGAAAAGGCCCUCAGCUCCACAGCCGCCCACAGACUCCAGCAGGAGCUGUCUUCCUUGGACUGUACAGGCUCCCGACUGAGGAGUGUCAAGGUCCAGACAGCCUCGUUACCCUUGAAAGAGGCAGCCAAAUGCGACCCGCAGGCUGGGCCCUGUGUUGACAGAGGCACCCAAACCAAGAAGUCUGGGAAAAGUGGGCAGACAAGGCACCGCGGCCAGCAGCCAGCACCCAGCACCACCUGUGGGCAGCUGCCACCAGCAGCAGGUGGCGAGCAGACUGCCCCUCAUACUCGGGACACCUCCCAAGCGCUGGAGCUCACCCAGUAUUUCUUUGAGGCUGUUUCCACCCAGAUGGAAAAGUGGUAUGAAAGGAAGAUUGAAGAAGCACGAAGCCAAGCCAGUCAGAAAGCCCAGCAAGACAAGGCCACGCUGGAGGAACACAUUAAAAGUUUAGAGGAGGAACUUGCUAAACUAAGGACUAAGGUACACAAGGAAAACUAGGGCCUGGGAAGUGGGACGAGAAAGGAUUCCUGGGACUUCCCUGGUGGUCCAGUGGUUGACUCUGUGCUUCCAGUGCAGGGGGCGGGGGUUCGAUCCCUGGUCUGGGAACUAGGAUCCUGCAUGCCGUGGGGAGGGCGGGGGGGAAGGAUUCCUGAAGAUUUCCGGUCCUGCAGCUGCAGAAGAGCUAUGUCGGAGGUGUCAGUUAUUGUACACAUAGCAGACCUUGCCUUUUAAAAAAAUCACUAAUUUCUAAAACGUGCCAGACACAUGCUUACUAUGCCCUGAAGUUGUGAAGACUUCAACAAUUAGACUGAAACUAGGGGACACUUGGUUUCAGGUUUCAUUACAGAUUUGAAACCUCAGCUCAAGUUCAUCUGAAGUUCAAAAGCUCAGAUUAAGCGAGCUGUGCUAAGAAACUGAAGGAUGUGUAAGCCUAAACCCUAAUAUUCAGGAUAUGAAAUAAUGUAAAUGAAAAGCAAGAAAAAAUAUGAAUCCCUGUGCACUCAAGUCAAGCAGUCAUUCAUAUCAACAUGCCUGCUGUGCUGGACAGUCUUUCUGUAAGAGCUGUAACAGACACGCUGAACUCCCUCAAGUUCAUAGUUCCCCAAAUGCUGACAUCUUAACCAGGGAAGACUCACCAAAGAAACUUUAAGGAGAAGGAUUUUCAUGAUGUCACAAGAUCCAGUAUAUCGUAAAAUGUUUUGAAAAGUCAGUGUAUUUAAAUAAUGGGUUAAUUGGCUAAUAAUAGCGCUGGGAAUGUCAAUGAACUCAAACGAGAAAGAUUCAGAUCAUUGGAUCAUGGUUUCUGUAUCUUUCAGCCAAAAGAAAGAAACAGUACAAU